AAUCCUUCUGUCAAAGCUGCAGCUGCAACCCUCUCUUCCCAAACAGGCGUAUUGGUGACAGCCCAAGCAUCAGAAUUUGGGUUGAAGUAUCUGAGGCUAGAAAUCUUUACAAAUGUUAAUGAAAUUCUGAUUGCUACCAAUGCCAUAGGUGGAGGGUGGGGAGUAAAGAGGCAUUUGAGGGCGGGGCCAAGGCUGUUCCCCCUAUGGGGAAGGCAGGACACAGGCAUGUAGGGGCUUGUGCAGUGGAACAUCUCAUCCUACCUGGACCCAACUGGGUAAGGCAAUAAUGAUGGCUAAUUCUAGCUAUUGUUGAAAAAAGUAAUAGCUCUUUUCAGAGCACUAUCUAAGUGCUAGGUUCUAGGAGCUUUGUGUGCAUUGACUCAUUUAUUCCUCACAGCAACCCGAUAAAAUUAGUAUUCUUACAUAUACCCUUAUUUCUAAGGCACAGAGAGGUUAGCUAACUUGGCCAAGGUCACACAGCGGGUACAUGCUGGAGUCUGAUGCUAGAACCUUUCCACCUAACCACUAUGUAGAGUGUGUAUGAGGGGGAGGAAAGAUAGGAGGUGGAAGUGGUUUAUAAAUAGGGACUAGCUUCCCAGAGGAGUGAAUUUUCUGCUGGAAAUUCGAAAAGCAGCAUUUGAGAAUGAUGGGAACCCUGUGUGAAUGUGUGUGUGUGUGUGUGUUGGGGGGGAUUGGACUGCAGAAGCUGAAAGGUGGCAAUCAGAGUGUUUAGUAGAGUCUGGCUAGAGAGCAGCUGUGGGGAGGGUCUUCUGAGCAGGCUGCCGUGGGCAUAUUUGAUGCCCUCCUGGGCCCUGGUUUUCCUACUUUCAGAUGCCCUCCCACAGCCAUUAAACCACCCAGGUGCCACGUUAAAUACAAGACACUUACCACUCUGAAUGCAGCGAUUGCACCUAAAACUUAAUCAAACAUCCGUUACUCCCAAUUGUGCAGUUUUCCUUCCCCCUCCUAGAGCCAACAGAUUUUACUUUUCAGAUCUCGGACAUUUUAUAAGUCUCUGAUCAAGUCUCCCAACAGGGCUCGAAGAGAAAAGGGAAGGUGUAGAGGAAGGUUCCCUCUCGAGAGGACUAAGCUCAUUGGUUCAUCGCGUAUCAGAGGGUGACUAUAUUGUGCCCUGGGCACUAGAAACACAAUGGGGUGCGAAGCGGGGGUUCUGCCUGUGGUAGGCAGGUGAGGAGGUUGCAGAUUCUUGGGACACGGGCUUGGGAAGUAAAGCUUUGGCGCCUUGCUUAAGCAUCCCCCACUUUGGAACACUGCGCCGUUGGUCUGCAGAGCCGGGGGCAGCGCAGGCUCCAGCCUCAGCCCACCUUGCCCGGUCCCCCCAGCCACUGCCCGGGGUCUCGGCGCCCGGCAGGCGGUAUCCAGCAGGGGGCGCGCGCGAACCAGGCCUGUGCCCAAGAGGCUGAACAGAGCCAGCGGGGAGCUGGUGCCGGGAUCUACUGGGUUUCGACCCGCCCCAUCUGUUGGACCGUCGGCGUCCGCAACGUCGAAGUUAGAGGACAUUCCGCAAAAAUCUGUCCGGAGCCCCAAUUCUCCGCUCCUGGGUCUGUCUAGGGUCCGGACCCCAGCUAGGUCAAAAAGCCUUAGCCCGGAUUCUGCAGAUUCCGAACCUGGGGACCCCGCGCUGGAGGCUUGGAACUUUGUAUCCUUCCUCUCCCCACACCUAUUUCCACCCAUCUGAUUAGGGGCCUAUUUCUUUAACAAUCAAAGUCGAGGGCGGCGGCGGGAAUGGUGUCUUCGCUCUCGAUUCCCCAGCCGCUCAGUAACUGUACCGUUAUUAACAUUAUAGUCAUUAGACCGCUCCUGAGCGGCUGGCGGCGGCGGGCGACAUGCGCUCAAUCUUCUAGCUGCGCUCGGAGGCUGAACCCGGAGUCGUGGCUCCCAUCCCAGGCCUCAACGGACCUUACCCGGGGCGACUCAGGCUUCAGGCUUCAGAGGCAGGCACUGGGCUCUCCAGGGUCGAAGGCCGGGUCUCAGCAACAGAUGUGGGAAGCCCCCUUGGGCUGUCGUCCUGGCUCCGAGACAUCGAGUCUGAAGAAGGGGCUGAAGCCCGAGGCAACACUUGGGGAGUCAGCGAGCAGCGGAAUCCGCUAUGGUGCCCCUGCCGGCAGUGUGGCUGGCCUGGACGCUGCUAGGAGUGGCGGGAGCUUGCCCCGAGCCGUGCGCCUGCGUGGACAAGUAUGCGCACCAGUUCGCCGACUGCGCCUACAAGGAGCUGAGCGAGGUGCCUGAAGGAUUGCCGGCCAACGUGACCACACUUAGUCUGUCGGCCAACAAGAUCACCGUGCUGCGGCGUGGGGCCUUCGCCGACGUCACGCAGGUCACGUCGCUGUGGCUGGCGCACAAUGAGGUGCGCACCGUGGAGCUGGGCUCGCUGGCCGUCCUGAGCCAACUCAAGAACCUCGACUUGAGCCACAACCUCAUAUCCAGCUUCCCAUGGAGCGAUCUGCGUAACCUGAGCGCGCUGCAGCUGCUCAAAAUGAACCACAACCGCUUGGGCUCGCUGCCCCGGGACGCACUCGGUGCGUUGCCCGACUUGCGUUCCCUGCGUAUCAACAACAACCGACUGCGUACACUGGCUCCCGGCACCUUCGACGCUCUAAGCGCGCUGUCACAUCUGCAACUCUAUCACAACCCCUUCCAUUGCGGUUGCAGCCUUUUGUGGCUGCAGGCAUGGGCCGCAAGCACCCGGGUCUCGCUACCGGAACCCGACUCCAUUGCGUGCGCCACACCUCCCGCGCUGCAGGGAGUUCCAGUGCACCGCCUGCCCACCUUGUCCUGUGCACCACCCAGUGUGAGUCUAAGUGCGGAGCCGCCGCCGGAGGUGCCGGGUAGCCCGUUGCGCGCUGGCCUGGCGCUCUUGUUACAUUGCGUCGCCGAAGGACACCCUACGCCCCGCCUGCAAUGGCAACUUCAGAUCCCGGGUGGCACUGUAGUCUUAGAGCCGCCCGUCCCAAGCGGGGAGGACGAGGAUGGGCCGGAAGACGGGGAGGGGGAAGGAGAUGGGGACUGGCCGACGCCGACGGAGGCCCCAAACCCGAAUCCGACACCCGCUUGGCCCGCGCCCCCAGCCACUCCACGCUUCCUGGCACUCACAAACGGCUCCCUGUUGGUGCCCCUCCUGAGUGCCAAGGAAGCAGGCAUCUACACGUGCCGUGCCCGCAACGAGCUGGGCGUCAACUCUACCUCAGUACGAGUGGCGGUGGCGGCUGCCGGGCCCCCAAAGCACGCUCCUGGCGCAGGGGGAGAUACUGAUGGGAAGGCCCCGACCUCUGAGCGCAAGUCCACAGCCAAAGGCCGGGGCAACAGCGUCCUACCCUCCAAGCCCGAGGGCAAAAUCAAAGGCCUGGUCCAGGGUAGCAUCCUUGGGGAGACAGAGGCGGGGCCGGAGGAGGAGGCAGGUGAGGGAGGGGAGGCGGAAGACCAGGUUUCUGCAGACCGGGUAGAGGAGCAGCGCUGUGGCCACGGGGACCCCUCACGGUAUGUGUCCAACCACGCGUUCAACCAGAGCGCGGACCUGAAGCCACAUGUCUUUGAGCUGGGCGUCAUCGCUCUGGACGUAGCGGAGCGCGAGGCGCGGGUGCAGCUGACGCCGCUGGCGGCACGCUGGGGCCCUGGGCCUGGUGAGGCUGGGGGAGCCGGGAGGCCGGGGCGACGGCCCCUGCGCCUGCUCUAUCUGUGCCCGGCGGGGGGCGGCUCAGCAGUGCAGUGGUCACGCGUGGAGGAGGGCGUCAACGCCUACUGGUUCCGCGGCCUGCGGCCUGGCACCAACUACUCCGUGUGUUUGGCGCUGGCAGGGGAGGCUUGCCACGUGCAAGUAGUGUUCGCCACCAAGAAGGAGUUGCCUUCGCUGCUGGUUAUCGUAGGGGUAAGCGUGUUCCUCCUGGUGCUGGCCACCGUGCCUCUGCUGGGCGCCGCCUGCUGCCAUCUGCUGGCCAAACACCCGGGAAAGCCCUACCGUCUGAUCCUAAGGCCUCAGGCACCUGACCCCAUGGAGAAGCGCAUCGCCGCCGACUUCGAUCCUCGUGCUUCCUACCUCGAGUCCGAGAAAAGCUACGCGGCAGGCGGCGAAGCCGGUGGCGAGGAGCCAGAGGAGGGUCCUGGCGAGGACCUUGACGAAGACGCGGAGCAGGUGGACCCUGGUGGGGACUUGCAAAGAGAGGAGAGCCUGGCGACGUGCUCGCUGGUGGAGUCCCAGUCCAAGGCCAACCAAGAGGAGUUCGAGGCGAGCUCCGAGUACAGUGAUCGGCUGCCCCUGGGUGCCGAGGCGGUCAACAUUGCCCAGGAGAUUAACGGCAACUACAAGCAGACAGCCGGCUGAACCCCCAACCCACCGGCCCGCCCAGCCCGCCCAUUCUCAUCCUCCACCUUGGGUGCCUGGGAGUGCAAGCGUAGGACUGGCAGGAUUUAUGACCCCCUCACUUACUCCGCCCGCCCCCUACCACUCCCCAACCUUGACUCCUGGAGACUUCUUGUGGGGAGUGAGACGAUUUCACCAGUCCUUCGCAACCCAUGAUCGUUAUUGUCCUUGAGGACUGAAUCCCCCCUCCAGCAAGCACAGUUCCCUGCUCCUCUCUCCUGUGUAAGACACCACCGCUGACCGUGAUGCGAAAUCCACGCUUCUCUAUUCCCACGCAAUUGUUACGUUCGAAAUCCCCUCCGAAACCCGCCCCAUCGUGGGCCCUGGAGCCAGAGGAAAUGGGAGGAAACUUUGGAAACAUCUGGCGGUAACGCUGUGGCUCGGGGGUCGGCCGGGGCCCCCCAACAGACCUCCCUCGCUUGGAGCUCUGUAGGGUCCCUCCUCGACCCCUACUCUGCCCUUUCUGGAGGGCAUGUGUCAGAAGCCAGGGUUGGGUGACAACUCCCUAAUUUUUAGUUUCACAGCCCCCUUGCGACUGGGAACCAAACCCUUCUACUCUCCCCCCCCC